AUGAGUAUCGAUGGUGAAUUUCUACGAAAUGUCGAAGUGAAGACCGAUGAGAUGUUUGGUAAUUCACUGAAUGCCCUUUCAAUCAUUCGCUCAGGAAAACUCAUCGGAGUCAUCGAUAAGGAAGCUACAAAUGAUCCCAACGCUUUGCUCAUACUGAAUCUCAUCAAAGAGGCCGAUGAUAGAAAUCAAGCGAAUAUUACUCUCAGACAAAUUGACAACAGGACAUAUCUUCAAACAUCGCGAGAUAUCGCUACUGGAGAACGUCUUCUUAUGCAACGUUACACAGGUAGUAUAACAGAAGAUGAAGAAGAGGAAGAAGAAGAAGAACGAGAACGAGAAGAGGAAGAAGAAGGGGAGGAAGAGGCGGUAAAACAGGAACGACUCUGUGAUGAGCCCCCAAGUGUUCUGAAAGUCGACACUGAACCACGUGAACACGGAGAACUCGAGCCCGGACAGCUAGUUCCAGAGGGCCAAGCCCAUAAGUGUGCAUUGUGCCCGAAGAGUUUCUCAAGUGCCAGUGGUCUCAAGCAACAUUCACAUAUUCACUGUAGCUCAAAGCCAUUCCGUUGUCAUAUCUGUAACAAAGCCUAUACACAAUUUUCAAAUCUUUGUCGGCAUCGUCGAAUUCACCUGGAUGGAUGGCAGUGUCCCAUCUGCCAUCAAUCAUUACCGUCACAUAGUGCUCUUCUAAAACAUCGAACACUUUGUGAAAUGGCAUCGGCUUUGUAUAAACCAUUAAUUCCUCAUCUACCUAUACCCACUCUAUCGAAUCAUAUGAUUCCAAGCUAUUGGCCACAUCUUCUUCAUAUCGCCACUCAGAUGCAUUCCGUUCCUAUGGGGAUGUACGGGCAGAUGGAAGCGUACAAGAUGCUGAAUGCAAGUUCAGACAUUGAAAGCUCUCCGCAAUCAAGUGGUCAUACGAGUGAGCAUUCACCUCAUGAACGGAAAGGAAGUCCAUGUUCCGAAGCUGAGGCAAGCCCAUUGGAUCUGACGACGAAGCGAGAUGACCGAAAAUCGGAAUGCGAAAGCAACGAUUCGGGUAACGAAGACGAAAAUGAACAGUCGUCGUUCACGAAACGAGCUGAAUCCACACAACCUUGCCUUACACCGACAAUAAAUCCGUUCAGCUCCCCGGCAUUCCUAUCGUUAUUACAACGACCUUUCCCGUAUACGACCCCAUCAUCGUACGCUAUCAAUCCUCAAGUAACAAAGACGUCCAAGGAUCGAUACACGUGCAAAUUUUGCCAAAAGGUAUUCCCACGGUCCGCGAAUUUGACGCGCCACUUACGAACGCACACUGGAGAGCAGCCGUAUAAGUGUCAGUACUGUGAACGAUCCUUUUCGAUCAGCUCCAACUUACAACGACAUGUACGAAAUAUUCACAACAAGGAACGUCCAUUUCGUUGUCCACGAUGUGAUAGAUGUUUUGGGCAACAGACGAAUCUUGAUCGGCAUCUGAAAAAGCAUGACGCCAGUCCCGAUCUCCCUCUUGCCACCAUGCUCAAGAUUUAG